UGGGGUACGGGGGUAAAAAGGGCCGGUCGUGUGUAAACAGCGUGUGUGCUCGGACCCGUGUGUGCGGCUAGUGAGGAUGGGGUCUGCUGGGAGCCCAUCCCCAGCCCAGUCCCAGCUGGAUCUGGGGAGGGGGCGACAUCUGUGUCCCCAACUUCACGCUGUUGGAUUCAGCCCGAUAUAUUUUCCUCCAACACGCUUGCCCUCGCACCGGUGCCCGGCGACGCGUCCAUGGUACAGAGGGUGAAGCCCGAGCCCCCUGAGCAGCCCGUUCACCGCCACUUGCUGCCGGUGCUGUCGCAGCAGCUCAGACACCAGAGGGGACCACGAUGCGAUCAGUUGCGGCCCGAGGGACAUUUUCCACAGCCGGGGGGGGUUUGAUACGUCUCCACCCACCCCCCACCAGGAACACCAAACGAGGGGUUUUGCUGGAGCUCCGGGUUCGGGGCGGAGCGGAGGCGCUGGGGGCAGCGGGAUUGGCCGGGGGGCGGAGGCGGUGACAUCCCAGAAACGAAACUUGGCUCGGCGGAAAAGCGAAACUUCCCCGGGCGGGCGGCGGCGGCACGGGCUGCAGGUGCCGGUCCCCGGCGCGCUCCCCGGCCCGUCGCUGACCGCAGGGUUUGUGGCUGGGAAACAUGGAGUGCCACGUGUGUCACUGUGUUUCUGGGGACGAGUCUCCCGGUUCUUGCAGCAAGUGUGGCGCCCAGCUGGGUGCUGCCGCCGGCCCCGGGGACGAGCAGGCAGGAAGAGAGGUGAAGCCCACCCCAGAGCCUGGAGGAGAUGUGGGGGGAGAGGGUGCUGCUGGGCCUCCUUCCCACCCCGAAACAGAGGAGGAGGAGGAGGGAUGGUCGCUGAUGGAGGAAGCACGGUUGCUGAUGGAGGAAGUAGAUGCUCUGCUCAGUACCUCCGAGGUCCCACCUGGAUGCGCCGCAGGUGAACCUGCUUCUGCCGACACCCAGGAGGACGAGGGAGCAUCGCUGGUGGAGGGGGAGGCAGCUCCCAGCGGUGCCUCAGAGGCCGCAGCCCAGCCUGUGGCCGGCGAUUCUGCAGAGAAGGCGCGGAAGAGGAAAAAGAAGCGGAAUAAAGCAAAGAAGGGUCCUUCCAGCUCCCAGGAGCAGGACUCUCUGCCUCCUCUCAGCGCAGCGCCAGCUCAAACUGCAGAAUUACCAGAUACAUGUGUUACUCCACAAGAAAUCCACGCGCCGGGCAGUGAAGCAGCCGAAGCGGGUGCUGCUGUACUUGCUGGUGGCAGUGGAGGGAACGGGCCAUUGGGUCCCUUGGCAAAGGAAGCUGGCAGCGCAGAAGCGGCUGCAGAGGGCGGUCACAGCAGCACGGAUGUGACCCCCACAAAGAGCAGCGCGGCCGACACCACUGCCCCGUCUCCCGAGUCCGUGGCUGCGAAGGAGAAGGUGGGGGGUGGGAGUGCCCCGGAGCGCAGAGAAAGGGCCAGCGGGGCCGGGGAAGGACACGGCGGUGGCCCUGGCGCUGCCCAGCUUCCAGACAGCGCGCCAGGCUCCCAGGCCUCGGGCAGCAGCAAGAAGCUGGCCUCAACGGGGGAGAGAGAGGAAGCUGCUCCUGGGCCGUCCCCUGGCGCGGGAGCACCUCAGAGGGAACCCGCAGCCGCCUCUGCUCAGCACCCGCGUCCAGACGCCGAGGGUCCGCCCGCCGUCAAAAGCUCGCAGGCUGGGAAGGGUAAAGACAAUGCCACCCAGAAAGUGACGUCUUCCUCUUCCAAGAAUGACACAAAGGAGAAAAAGAAGACCCAAGGUGAGAAAAUGCACACAGCAACUGAGAAGGCAAGUCAGAGCAAGGGGCCUGAGGAUGCUGGGAAGAGCAACGCUUCAGCCGUAACAGACAGCGGCAAGAGCAAAAAGCAACGAAAGAACCAGAAACCUGGGGAUAAGGCUAAAGAAAGUCCUGCGAACCAGAGUGACGAUGUUACUGUAUAUUUCCAUGCAAUAUUAUCCAAAGAUUUCAAGCUAAACCCCGAGACCCACAAAGUGUUCAUCAAAGCUGGAGGCAUUUCUCACUGCGCGGACUGGAAGGACAACAUUUGUGAGCUGAGCUGCACCAAGCAUCUAGGAGAACAUGGAUACCUCAUUGAAGGAACUGCAACUCUUGCAAAAGAAAAUAUCAAUAAAUUAAUUCCUUACAAAUAUUGGGUUUCCUGUGGUCAAGGGAAUUAUGAAUUUAUUUACAAGAAUCCAGUAUCAAGUAAACACGUGAAUCGCUGCUUGUACAUAAGAGGCGAGUUGCUCAACGGCAGAGAAUGGCAUCAGUAUGAUGAUAUUGUGUGUGCAAAGCCUUCUACAUUUGAAAACAUCAAAAGCCUUUUGGGCAUGUUUCUUCAUCAAACCAAAAACAUUGUGAAAGGGAAGAUAAUAGCUGCAAAUAUUAUGUUAGAAAAUAUAUUCAGCAUUCUUGGGACCUGGAGCCCCAACAACCUGAGAAACUUCCUGUUCCAGCUGAGACAGUUUUAUGUGGUUACGGUUGAGCCGGUGGUGCAUGAGGGUCACAUGGUGCUGUGGGCAGAGCUCAACUUCGGCGCACAGGAGGUGAAUGAUUUGCUGCUAGACUACAUGAGGAAAAUAGCGGCUCCUUUCCUUGCACCGGAAGGUACAAAAGCAUCGCAGGAGAACACGAUAAUGAAAAGUAAACUAGCCCUGGGACUCACCAUUCUCACAGUAUUUCAUGAACUCAAUCUGCCACCACAUAAAAAUGAUCUGGCUGGCCUGUGUGGCCUCUUGUGCUUGGAUAAGGUGUCACAACAAACCAUAUGGGAUGAAAUUCAUCGUAUCAAAGAGGAUUUUGCAGCGUUGGCUUGUCUGACGUUUCAGCUGAUGAACCUGUGCCAGAGGUGCAUCUAUGAGCAGGUGGAGCACUGGCUGUGGGUCGUUCCUCUCCUGCACUGCCUGGCUGCUCCGGCGCAGCACCGCCACUUCCCUGUGGAGGAAGACGCCUGGGCCGGGCUGGGAGGGCUUCCGUUCGCUGAAACAAGGAAGCAGCGCAAUCCGGAGACCCUCCUGCAGCUCAUGAAAGAAAAGAAAUACUUGAUGGAAUUCGAUACGACUCUGGUCAAGUCCUGGUUCUGCGUGCUGCCCCUGAAGAGCCUGCCUGAAUUCAUCAGAGAGUUCUCCAGUGACUUCUUGGUUACUCUCCAGGGUGUUUUUUACAGAUUAGAGCACGUUGGCCUCUCGUGGGAUGAUGCCAAGGUAGUGGAGGAUCUUCUGAAGACACUGCUGCGCGCCUUGGAUGAGAACCAGGCCAGGGAUCUGGCCGCUCGCUCCUGGCCGUCCUGCCUGACCUGCUGCCUGCAGCUGCACCAGAGGGCCUGCGGCGCCGUGAAGCGCACGAGUAUGUUCGCCGUUCCUGCCGCCUCUGCCGCGCUGAUUGCGAAGGUUGCUGGGCUGCAGCCCGCGGCUCAGGUUCCAAGUGAUGCUGUGCAAGAAGUUCCAAUGGCAGAAGUAUUUGCUGAGGCUCUGAGAGACGUUCGAACCUGGUUCAGAAAUGCUUUAAACCAGAAAUUAGUGAAAGAAUAUGUGGACCAUGUGGCAUUCUCUAUUUUUUAUGAACCUCAGGCCUGGGAUGAGCUCAUGAAGAUCAGCUUUCCAGACGAGCAGUUCACAAAGAGGUGGAAGGCGACUCUGCUGGCCGAUCUGGCGAGGAGGAUUCAGGAGGAGACUCCAGUUAACCAGAUCUUGGUGUACUGCUGUCAGCACUGCCGGUUAACACAACUUGACUCUUCCACCGAGGAGUGUUUCCGGAGUUGUGCCAUCGAGGCUGUAGCCGUGGCUUGCCAGACCCAGAGCAACCUCCUGGAGAAGGUAUCUGCCUACAACAUGGUCCAGUUCAGCCAGCUCGUGUCGGCUAUCAUUGCCAAGUCCUGGCCGAUGGAGAACGGGCAGUUGAAGGAUGAUUUUGAUGAGAUUUUGCACCACGUGCUUACGUGGCCGGACAUCAAACAUAUCUUCAGCUUUAAUGGAACAAACACAAAGCUCCUGCAAGCACUUACGGAGGAGGCGAGGAGUGUCAUGGCCGCGGCAGACUCCGUGUUCAUGAGCGUCACCGAUGACAUCCUGAAGGGGUGGAUCCGUGUGAAACAUCUGGAGGAGAUUUUCCAGCACGAGAAGCAGUUCAUCUGCAUCUGGGAGAUAAAGCACCAGCAGCUGGUACCUGCAGAGAGAGAGCUGCUCCUGGGACAGCUGCGAGAGCUGCUGCGGAGGAGGCGAGAGGAAGUAACACUGCUCAGGGGAGAGCAAAAAGCAAUAGGAACCUUCCUGAGCAUGUGUAGGAAGGUGCAGGCGUCUGUGCAAGUGGAUGUAGGUGAAGUGGAAUCUCAACACUCACAAGAUCUUAGUUCAAAAAGACUAAAUGCAGUUGUGGAUGUGGAGAAGAGACCCCCACGUACCUACUACAGCUUGAGCCCCGCGCUGAAGGAAUGUGCCCAGAAAAUGCACAGUUUGAAGGACAGCCUGAUCUUCCUGCGCUUCUGGGAGGAAGCAGCACAGAGGGCAGGAGAGGAGUGUGGAGGCUCGGAAGAGGAGUUUGGGAGCCUGGAAGAGGAGGCAGAGGAUGAUGAUGAUGUUUCCGUAUUGGACCUCGAUAACGUUUUCAGCUGUCUAAUCUCCCCUUGCUUUGUGAGCUACGAAAUGCUGUAUGACGAGCUCAGAUCUGGAAGUCUCACACUUUCUGCAGUUGAUCGAAUUUUUCAGGAAUUCGCAAAUCAUCCUGAAGAUAUCAAAACUGAGCUAAAUAUCAUAUGUAAGCUUAGGCCUGAAGAAGACAGAGACUGGGUUGAUCAGCGUGUUCAGCAGAUCCAGCAGUACUAUGAAAUGCAUUUAACUUUAGAUGCUGCCAAGAUCAUUGCCAGUGUCAAAGAGAGUUUAAACCUCUCUGGUGACUUCAGUGUCCUGGAACACUUGUUGGACAUAACAGAAAAGCUUGAAUCGUACAAGAUGCAGAAGCUGGACUCCAUCAGCCCCGAGCUCAUGCGCGCCAAGAGGCUGCUGGAGGGGAUCACGGUGCCGCGCCGCGGCUGCCUCCGGGAGCUGGCGCAGCAGAGGGACUUCGUCAGCUGGGUCAGGGAAGCGCUGCAAGAUAUGAAUGAACUGAAGGUAUUUGUGGACUUGGCGUCCAUCUCUGCGGGGGAGAACGACAUGGACGUGGACCGCGUGGCCUGUUUCCAUGACACUGUGCACGGCUACUCGUCCCUGCUCUACGAGCUCAGGCAGGAGUCAGGGUUCGAGGACUUCAUGCGCUGCCUGAAGAAGCUGUGGCGAGCCCUGGACAGCGACGAGAAUCUGCCCAAGAAACUGCGCGCAUCGGCUCAGCAGCUGGAGUGGCUGCGGACGGUGAAGGAGAGCCACGGCUCGGUGGAGCUGUCCUCGCUCUCGCUGGCAGCUGCCAUCAACAGCAGAGGAAUCUACGUUCUCAGAGCACCAGCCGAUGGCGGGAAGGUUUCGUUGGACACUGUCCUGCGCUUCACCCUCCCGGGGAGCUCCGGGGAUAACGAGGCGUCGUGGAAAUACUCUCUCGCAGAGCUCCGAGAACUGCAGAACAAACUGAUGCUCAUGUCAGCAAAGGGAGAGCAAGGCUUGGAGGUGGAGAAGUUCUCCGAGAUAUUUUCCAAUGUCCAAAGACUUGCACAAGCCUUUAUAGACCUUUAUUCAGCUGGGAACAUGCUCUUCCGCUCCUGGCUCGCUCAAGUGUACUGUUCACCCAAACGACAAUCCUGUGUUCUCAUAGACUUCUCUUUGGGACCGAUCCCAGUGCUGGAAGGGCAGGGAGAUGCGGCAGCUGUGCUCCCGGGCCUCUGCAAGACGAUGGAGAGUUUCCUGGAGAGCUGGAAAAGCUUCAUGUAUGAAAAACGAUUCCAGCAUUUCUACCUGAACUACUACACGGCUGAGCAGCUGGUGUAUCUGUGCACAGAGCUGGGGCAGGGGACACCCAGCCAGGAUGCCCUGAUGAUGCUUUCGUUCCUAAAACACAACUGCACUGAGCAGGAUGUCCUCAGAGCCGCCGGGACCACGGUGCCUCCCGGCUCGAGGAAGGCUGUUCCUGACUUUGAAGUGAUGCUGGAUGGCGAGAAGGACCUGAGCGCGUGGCUGCAGUGCAUCUGGGAGUGCUACAUGAGCAACAUGGGCUCCUUCCUUCCCGGCUGCCUGGACGUGGACACGCUGGGCGGGUGGCUGGAGAACCUGGCCAGCGCGGACAGCGAGCGCGUCACGCGGGACUUUCCCCGGGACCUCCUGUACGUGGGGCAGCCCAACCUCAUCACGUGCCCUCGCUCCGAGGUGCUCACAGCGGCUCUGGCUAUUUACAUGAACAGCCCCCACCAGCCCCUGCCCACUUUCGAUGAAGUUCUGCUGUGCACCCCGCAGACCAGUGCUGAGCAAGUGGGGCUCUUCCUCAGGAGGUGCCUCAUUCCCUGCGGGGGAGGAGGGAAGAUUUACAGCAUGCUGUACGCAGAUGAGCUGAGUUACGAUGUCAGCUGCCGAGCGGAGGAGCUGUUCCAGCACCUGCAGCGCUACAACAGCACCUAUCGCCUCGUCAUUCUGUGUAACUCUGAGAGGGAGCACAGCUACAUCCCGUCCGUCUUCAGCCAGUACAAAGUGCACAUGAUCCCCCAGAGGCCGCUGGCCGAAAUCCAGCGGUACCUCCAGCACCACUACAGAGUCGCUCGGCCUUCGAGUUCCGCUGCCUCUGUGUUCAAGGACAACAUGAGUGUUGGGAUCGUGUCCUCCAAAAGAGCCGGUGUGGGGAAAUCUCUGUAUGUGAAGAGGCUACAUGAAAAACUGCGAGCAGAGCAGCCUGACUGUACGGAACUUCUGAAAACCAUCAGACUCAUUGAACCAGAAAUAGAUGAAGAUAAAGUGCUAAAAUCUCUUCUGCCUUUUCUGAAGAGAAAGCACCAGACAAAGCCCAUGAUAUUCCAUUUUGAUAUCACCUCUUCAGUACAAAGCGGAGUUCCAGAGUUUCUGUUCAAGCUGUUGGUUUUGCAGUAUCUGACAGAUAAUAACGGAAAUAUGUGGCUGCGACAGAAGUGCCAUUUGUAUAUCAUUGAAAUCCUUGAGGUAUCACCAGUGCCAAAGAAAACAGCGAGACAUAUGUCAGCAAGCCAGAAGUUUAAUUUCUUUGAUGUGUUCCCGAAAGUAACGUGCAAGUCUCCCAAGGAAGUGCUAGAAAUGGAGACGCUUGGGAGCCGGGCUGGGGAUGGUUCGGACCCGGGCAUGGACGGGGAGGAGUUCUGCAGCGAGGCUUUCCAGAGGCCGUUCCAGUACCUGAGGAGGUUCGAUCAGGGCUGCGACCUGGACGCGUUCUGUUACGAGGAGCGCGCGGUGGAAGGGAGCCCGGCCGAGUGUCUGCAGCAGCUCCUGCUGCACUGCGGGAUCGCCGACCCCUCCUGGGCAGAGCUCCGAAACUUCACCUGGUUUCUCAACGUCCAGCUGAGAGACUGUGAAGCUUCGGUCUUCUGCAACCCCGACUUCGUCCAGGACACUUUGAAAGGUUUCAAGAACUUUGUUGUCACCUUCAUGAUUUUAAUGGCGAGGGAUUUUGCAACACCUUCCCUCAACAUUUCCGAUCAAAGUUCAGGAAGGCAGUCGUCCCACCUGGAAGAUGUUGCAGAAGAAGAUCUCCUUCCUUUCCGCGUUCGGAAAAAGUGGGAGUCUGAGCCUCACCCUUAUUUGUUUUUCAAUGAAGAUCGUAUAUCCAUGACGUUCAUUGGUUUUCACCUUCAGCCUAAUAGCAGUGGUGGUGUCGAUGCUGUUCAUCCUUUAAAUCACAAAAUUAUCAAGAGAGAUGUCAUGACAUUGCAGUUGUACCAAGGCUUGUUACUCCAGAGAGUUCCCUUCAAUGUUCAGUUUGAUGAGCUGCCUCGUCACGAGAAGCUAGAAAAGCUUUGCAUGGUUUUGGGAAUCCCUUGGGUCAUAGACCCUGACGAGACGUAUGAGCUCACAACAGACAACGUGCUCAAGAUCUUGGCUAUUGAGAUGCGGUUCAGGUGCAACAUCCCGGUUGUCAUCAUGGGAGAAACAGGCUGUGGGAAAACCAGACUUAUAAAGUUCCUGUGCAAGUUACGCAGCAGCUGCGCAGAGGUGGAGAACAUGAAGCUUGUGAAAGUCCACGGGGGUACGACUGCGGAGAUGAUCUAUGCCAGGAUCAAAGAAGCAGAAGCCCUUGCCAAAGCCAAUAAGGAGCAACACGGGUUGGACACUGUCCUCUUUUUCGACGAAGCCAACACAACAGAGGCUGUGAGCAGCAUCAAGGAGGUUCUGUGUGACCACACGGCCCAGGGGCAGCCGUUGGCCUCUGGCUCUGGCCUGCAGAUCAUAGCAGCCUGCAACCCGUAUCGCAAGCACACGCCAAAGAUGAUUCAGCGCUUGGAAUCAGCUGGGUUGGGCUACCGCGUCAAAGCCGACGAGACGAAGGAUAAGCUUGGCUCUAUUCCACUGAGACAGCUCGUGUACCGGGUCCACGCGCUCCCACCCAGCAUGAUCCCGUUAGUGUGGGAUUUUGGGCAGCUGAACAACUUAACCGAAAAAAUGUACAUCCAGCAGAUAGUGCAGAGGGCGACCGCGCACGUCCCGAUGCAGCGGGCCGAGGCCGAGGUCGUGACAGAGGUGCUUUUUGCUUCCCAGCAGUACAUGCGGCAGCGGGACGACGAGUGCAGCUUUGUGAGCCUGCGGGACGUGGAGCGCUGCGUGGAGGUGCUCAGGUGGUUCCACAAGCACAGUGAACUGCUGCUGGGGGAGCUGGAGAAGUACCUGGCCGAGAAGAGGGCUCCGAAGAGCCCUGCCGGGAGAAACACCGUGUUCUGGGCCUUGGUGCUGGCCGUGGGGGUCUGCUACCACGCGUCCUUGGAGAAGAAGGAGGCGUAUCGGAGCGCGAUCAGCCAGGUCCUGCCAAAGCCUUAUGAUACCCAGAAAAAGAUUUUGGAGGAAAUCUCCCUGAUGCAGGACUUGUUCCUGAGUGGCGUGCACCUCCGAGACACCAUAGCGAGAAACCUGGCCCUGAAGGAAAAUGUCUUCAUGAUGGUCAUCUGCAUUGAGUUGAAAAUCCCUCUUUUUCUUGUUGGGAAGCCCGGGAGCUCCAAAUCCCUUGCGAAAACCAUUGUGGCUGAUGCUAUGCAGGGCCAGGCUGCGCCUUCGGACCUGUUCAAGGACCUGAAGCAGAUUCAUCUGGUGUCCUUCCAGUGCAGCCCUCUCUCCACGCCGGAGGGGAUCAUUGGCACGUUCAAGCACUGCGCUCGGUUCCAGGAGGGGAAGAACUUGGACGAGUAUGUCUCGGUGGUGGUUCUGGAUGAGAUUGGGCUGGCGGAAGACUCUCCCAAAAUGCCCUUGAAGACGUUGCACCCGCUGUUGGAAGACGGCUGCAUAGAUGACGUCCCCGUUCCUCACAAAAAGGUUGGCUUCAUUGGGAUUUCCAACUGGGCUUUGGACCCCGCUAAAAUGAAUCGCGGCAUCUUUGUCUCCCGCGGUGACCCCAGCAAAGAAGAGCUCAUUAAAAGUGCAGAGGGGAUCUGCUGCUCAGCACGAGGGGCUUUGCAGAAGGUCGAACAGUAUUUUUGCCACUUUGCAGAUGCGUACGAAAAUAUUUGCAAAGCCCAGGACAGGGAGUUCUUUGGUCUGCGGGACUACUACAGCCUCAUAAAGAUGUUUUUUGCCUUAGCUAAGAGUUCCAAAAGUGAUCCGACACCUCAAGAAAUAGCUGAAGUCAUUCUUCGUAACUUUGGCGGCAAAGAUGAUGUCAAUGCCUUGGAAAUAUUCACCUCCCAGUUACCAGAAAAAGGAGCAAUACGUGCUUGUGACAUCAGUAGAACUGAGCUGAUACGCCAAAACAUUAACAGCGAUGGUCAGGAUGGUGAUUGCAGGUACCUGCUUGUUUUGACUGAGAACUACGCUGCGCUGCAGAUCCUCCAGCAGGCUUUCUUCACGGCCCGGCAACAGCCUGAAAUUAUCUUUGGCUCUAGUUUCCCUAAGGACCAAGAGUACACCCAGAUAUGCAGGAACAUCAACCGAGUGAAGGUCUGCAUGGAAACUGGCCAAAUGGUUGUGCUCCUCAACUUGCAGAACCUUUAUGAAAGCCUCUAUGAUGCCCUCAAUCAAUACUACGUGUAUCUUGCUGGCCAGAAGUACGUGGAUUUGGGGCUGGGCACCCACCGGGUGAAGUGCCGCGUGCACCCGAAGUUCCGUUUGAUAGUCAUCGAGGAGAAGGACGUGGUCUAUAAGCACUUUCCCAUCCCGCUGAUCAACAGGCUGGAAAAGCACUACCUGGAUAUCAGCACUGUGCUGGACAAGAGCCAAAGAGAAACCGUCAAGGAGCUCAAGAAGUGGGUGCAGGAGUUCACUGCAGCCAAUACAGAAGAGCACUUCAUCAGCCAGCAGAAGUACAGCCCUUCAGACGUCUUUGUGGGCUACCACCCCAACACCUGCGCCUCGGUGGUCCUGCAGACCACGGAGAGGCUGAAAGCCACGUGUCCUCCGGCAGAGCUCGUGUCCCGCGUGAGGAGCGGCGCGCGGCUGGCCCUGCUGAACUGCGCCACCCCCGACGCCGUCGUCCGCCACUGCCACUCGGUGGGCUCCUUUAUGGCCGACUCUCUGGCCAAGGUUUACUUCAAGCAGCAGCAGCACACGUCGUUCGCCGACUUCCUCCGAGCUCAGGUCCACGCUGCCUCUGGGAACCAAACGGUCUUUACAGAGGUCACCACCUUCUCGCGGCUCCUCACCAGCGCGGACGCCGCUUGCCUGGAGAGGGAAGUGCAGGGCAGAGCGCAGAGGCCGCAGAUCCUGUUCCUGCAGCGCUUCGACACCGAGUUCUCGUUCCUGAAGCACGUCCGAGAUUUCCUUGGUGCCACCUCAGGAAAUAAAGUCCUUAUAAUCCAGACAGACUUUGAAGAUGGCUCCCAAAACGCGCAGCUCGUGGCCUCAGCCAGAUACACGGUUGUUAAUGAGCUCAACAAGGUGGACCUGGGAGAAGUCUCUGUCUUUGUUUACUUCAUUAUGAAGCUUUCCCGGGUGGAAGGAGGAACGUCCUACGUGGGGUUCCAUGGAGGCCUGUGGCAGUCAGUGCAUAUAGACGACCUCCGCAGAUCCAAAGACAUGGUAUCGGACAUGACAGCCCUGCAGAACCUCACCAUCAGCCAGAUGUUCUGUGAGCACUCAGCUAAAACCAAAGUUGCAGCUCUGCCUGUGAGUGGUGAAGAACAGGAGGAAAACAAGGAGGUUCAAACACGGGAGCCCCAAGCAGAGCACUGUGAGGGUGAAAUCCUGGACACCACUGUUCUCCUGAGGACCUGUGUACAAAGCGCUGUGGGGAUGCUGCGGGACCAAAAUGAAGAUCUUAGUCGAAGCACAAGGCGAAUUAAGAUUCUCCUUGGCCUCCUGUCCAAAGAGAAUGACCUGAAAGCCUCUUUCCUGAAGAUAACAAAGGCUCGUCUCUCUAACCUCUUGAAGAAGCAAGAAGAAAAUUCCCUUUACCCGAAAAACUGGGUGCUUCGGGAGGCUUCCAACCUCAGUGCUCUCCAGGAGGCCGGUACCUUCAGGCACACCCUGUGGAAGCGAGUCCAGAACGUGAUCACUCCAUUCCUGGCUCUCCUGGUUGCUGUCAUAGACAGAAACGGCAACCUGGAGCUGCUGGCCAGGCCGCCGGCCAAGUGGGUGACGGACCUGUGGAUGUUCAUCUUCAGUGACACGAAACUCCUGCCUGUCCCUCCCGCUGCGGGAGCGAGCAGCUCUCAGCCAGAGAUCAUUCUGGUGCAGAACAACAUGACGGUGUCUGCUGAUGCUGGGAAUGAGAUGCCCUUCAGCUGGAGGAUAAAGGAGUACUUGGAUGAGCUGUGGCUGGAAGCUCAAUACAUCCAGAACACGGAAGACCAAGCGGAGAAGUUUGUGGAUAUCUUCCAGAAAACCGCACUGGGAAAAUUCAUCUCUGCUCUGACUGAGGAAGACAAGGAGAUGCUUUUCCAGCGCUAUAUCACAGACUUUAUUGUCCUGAGCAUCAGGGUGUCCUCCGUGGAGGAGCUGCAGUGUCUGCAGCUUGCAUUCUUAUCCUGCAUCGAGGAAUGGAAGGCAAUGUCUCCCAGGAGAGAGGAGAUGGUCCCGUCCUUGCCAUGGGUCCACCUGGGAUACAAUCAGUUCAAGAGCCGCCUGCAGAACUUCUCCAGGAUCAUGGCUGUGCACCCUGGGGUGGUCACGUACCUUCUGAAGCAGCAGCCCCACGGAACGCGGCCGUCAGAGAUGGUUCUAGAUGUGUUUGCUGCGAUGGCGUGUGCUGAGGAGCUGCAGGAUCAAGUGCAGACAGCGCACCCCGAGGUCUGGCUGCGGAAAGUGAAGAAUCUUCGUAUGCCCAUUGAAUUCCUUUGUAAAGAGAAGGAUGUACAGAGAAGCGGGGGUCAGUGCCAUCAGGCGCUAAAACAGCUCGAAGUCUGCUGGAGCCGGGUUUUCGCCAUGUCUCUGUUCGUAGAACACGUGUUAUUAGGCAUCGACACUCUGAUGCCAGAACUUGAGAAUUUAGUGAAAAAAUAUACUUUGCUUCUUGCCAAGUGUUUUCAGCACGAUUCGGACAUGAAGACCCAUCCGACUUUUGUUGCAGUGGUGAAAGUGCUGUGCCAGUGCAAGGAUGAAGUCAGCCGCCGGCUCUACAGGUACGGCCUGCAGCCGUGUCCGAUCUGCCUGGGAGAGCCGAGGGAUCCCGUCUGCCUGCCGUGCUGCCACGUGUUCUGUCACAAGUGCAUCAGGAUGUGGCUGGUCCCCGCGCAGAUGCACUGUCCGUACUGCAGGGUGGCCAUGGAGGACGCUGAUCUGGAGGUCUCUGUGGAGCUCAGAGAUGCCUUAGCAAGAAACGCCCUGUUCCGGCAGAGAUGCAAUAAGUUCUUCAUAGACGUGGUCACCACCAUGUGCUUCAAGGACAACGAACCCCCCGAGGCAGAGGUGACCCAGGAGCUCCUGAACCUGCUGUUUGUUCACAGGAACCUCCUGAAAGGUUCAGAUCACCCUGCUAUCUACACUAAACUUCUGUCCCCAUUUAACGAUGAAGUGGAUGAAACUCCCGUCAUCCGCUCAGUGAUGCUGAAGCUCCUCUUGAAGUACAGCUUCAAUGAAGUGAAAAAUGAUGUGCAACGGUACCUGUCCCGGGUGGAGCACAAUGAGAUUCUAGAGCAAAAUGACAAAAAAGAGCUCUACUUGCUUUUCAUCAACUGCUUGGAGGAUUCCAUCUGUGAAAAGUCUGAGGGCAGCCUUGGAGACGAGCAUUUGGACCGUGUGCCCAGGGACAGGGGCUUUCCAGAGAACUAUCUCCCCAAGAACACCCGAGAGACUCCUCGGGAAUCAUCCGUUGAGUAUCUGCAGGCGGUGGCCAAGGUUCGCCUGUACCUGAGUAAGGCUGCAGAGCUGCUUUUCGACUUGCACGAGGGCGCAGAGCAAGACCAGGUGGAGGAGAAGCAGCGUUACCUGGCGAACGUGAGAGCGUUCUGCAGCCUCUCCAGGAACGACUGGCAUCGAGUUUACCUGGUCCGGAGGAUCGCCAGUCAGUAUGGGAUGGAAUUUGCUCAGAAGCUUGUCACCGACACCCGCUUUAACUGGGUGUUCCCAGUGGAAAUUCUGCAGCAGGUACAGAGCAGCCAGUCUAAUCACAUCGAUCGUUACCUGGCGUGCGGUGAGAAUUACCGAGCGCUGCGUGACGCUGUGGGCCAAGCCAUGAUCGAGUGCGAGACUGAGGCCCUCCUAGAGGCAGAGAAGGUGCCCGGCAGCCCCCCGGCCGCGCGGUCUGUCCACCUGCUCCUGGCUCUUUUCAGAGAGGUCACCGCCCUGUACCGAGUUCCUGACUCAAACCUUCAUCCCAAACAGCAGCAAACAGAAGCUAUGAUGAAGUUCAUCCAGAACUCCCAAGUCCUGAAUUCUCCAGACCUGCGGACCUUCGCAGCCUCUCUUGUGCUGAACGCGCUGCCGUGUCUGACAGUGGCUCCUGGCAGCUCCGGCCGGGACGGAGCGCUGGUCGAGAUGGCCGUUCACACCGCGGCCGUCCUGCUGUGCGGGCACAGCCCCGUCCUGCGGCCCCUGAGGAACCUGGCGUUCCAGCCGCGCUCCAUGCAGCACUCUUUUCUGCCUACAAUGCCAGAAGAUAUAAUGGCUCAGGCGAGGGCCUGGCAAGGUCUGGCCGCCCUGCGCUGGUACGUGUGUCCGAAUGGCCACCCCUGCACCGUGGGAGAGUGUGGCCGUCCCGUGGAGACGAGCCGCUGUCUGGACUGCGGCGCCGAUGUCGGGGGCAUGUACCACAGGGCGCUGCCCGGCUUCCGGGAGUUCUGCAAUAAUGUAGACAGAACCCAAACUGGCCACAUACUUGGAGAUGUGCGACAGAGAAGAACAAUGGGAGUGUCUGACCGGGCCUUGUCCCCCGUCGUCUUCAUGCUGAUACGCUUGCUCACACAUCUGGCAAUGCUGCUGGGAGCCACAAAACAUCCUCAGUCAUUGCAAAAUAUGAUCAAGCCAGCGGUGAGCGACUCGGUGAGUUUCCUGCAGCAGCAUAUUCAGGAGGACUUGGCACAGCUGACUAAGAUUUUGGGGAAGAGCGUGGAUGAGACCAUCAACAUCCUUCAUCUUGUCCUCGGCAGCCUCCUCAAGGACCCCCAGCAGCACCCGGGCCAGUGGCCAGUUGGGUUUGACGAAGUGCUCUCCACCAAGGAGAUGAGGAACAAAUGGGAAGAAGUUGUUGCAAACACAAUUAUUGUUCCUGAACUGGAGGGUUUGGAUAAAAAACUUCUGAAGCUAAAUAGACAAAUACAAGAGGAUGAGAGAAUUUCUUCCAAUCCAGUAGUGAAGAUAGUGUAUGGCGACCCCGUCACGUUCCUGUCCCAGCUGCCCAGGGACAGUCACAUACAUCAUUCCAAGAUGUGGAGCUGCCGAAAGAGGAUUUCGGUGGAGAACCUGGCCCACGUGGUCCAGCAGAAGAACGCCAGGGACGCUGUCCCACUGCUCUGGAGGUUUCUGCAGAAGGAAACAGAGCUGAGGCUGGUGAAGUUCCUACCGGAGAUUCUGGCUCUGCAGAGGGACUUGGUGAGGCGGUUCCAGAACACCACUGAUGUCAAGCCCUGCUCCAUCAGAGCCUUCCUCAGCGAGCCCCUCUCGGAUGUGAUGAGGGACCUGCUCCGGAGGAGAGUGACUGUGUUUCUGUCGGUGUGGAACAAGCUGAGGAGCUCGCUGGACACCCACGGGGAAAUCAAGCUUCCUAAAGGCUACUGUGAUGCCGACCUGACCCUGGACAGCCAGCUCGAGGUCCUGCUGCCGCGGCGCCGCGGGCUGGGUCUCUGCUCCACAGCCCUGGCCAGUUACCUCAUCAGUCUGCACAACGACUUCAUCCACUCGGUGAACAAACACAGCAAGGAAGAUGACCAGUACUUGAUCAGUCCAUCAGAAGUGGCCGACCUGCACUUGAUCAGCUAUGAGCCUGAGAGAGACCUGGUUCCUCUGAUCCUGUCCAACUGCCAGUACAGCAUGGAGAAGGGAGGGGAGACGCUGCAGGACUUUGAUCUGGAGAAGAUCCAGCAGCAAAUUGUCAGCAAGUUCCUGCAGGGGAAGCCGCUCAUCACGCUGACGGGCAUACCCACCCUCGUAUACAGGCAUGAUCGGAAUUAUGAACAGCUGUUUAACGAUGUCCGGAACAAGAUGGAUCAGAGUGCUCUCCCCACUUCUGUGAUGAACACGAUCAGUGGGGAACUGCAGUCUUACAGCGACGUGUGCGACGCUCUGUCUGUCACCGAGAUUACCCUGGGAUUCCUGGCCAUGGCUGGCGAGAAUGCCGAAAUGCCUCUGACAGACUACAUUGAAAACGUUCUGCAGAUGGGCGAUCAGACGAACCCUCACGUGCUGCAGGCCCUCAGACGAUGCCACCUGAAGCACAACAUCGCCCUGUGGCAGCUUCUCUCAACCCGCAAAUCUGAGCAGCUUCUGUGCCUCAGAAGGGAUCCUUUUGCAGACAUCAGUGCAGACUACAAAGCUGAGCUCAGUCCCAAGGUCGCCAGGCUCCUCAACACCUUCCUUGUGCACUCAAGGCUGGAAACCUUCCUGCAGGAGCUCCAUGAGAUGAUUGUCCUGAAGCUGCGGCGUGUCCGAGCCGUGGAUGAAUUCAAACCCACGUGGAGCCUGAAGGAAACGCUCAUUCCCGACCUGGAUGCAAAAGACUCUGAGUUAGCGCCGGAGCUGCAGGAGCUGUUCCCGGAGGAGAUUCGUCUCUCUCACGCUGCUGCCACCUGGAAAGCGGCCGCUCUCUUCAAACGGGAGCGCAGGGACAGUUAGCGCCGCUCUAGGGACAGCGUUCUCGUGUUCCUCACCCCCAGGGACAGCAAGUGCCACAAACACAGGGCCCAGUGACCUUCUGAAAGCUCAGGGUUGUGUUUUUCUGAGUGGGGUGGUGGUGGUUUGGGUGGUUUUUUUGUUUGGGUUUUUUAGUACAUUUGUAAGUUAUGAUGCAAACAUGAGAUGCUCUCAUGUAUCGCGAAGAUGGUGGAGAAACAGGGGCAGCUGUCAGCUGGCUUCUGAAACAAAACUAACCCUGAACCCUCCCGUCAGCCCCUCAAAAUGAAGGAUUUUUAUAAAAAAGCAUCAUUCCUGGGUGCAGGGGAAGGUCGGGUUGGGGGUUUUUUCUGGACCCGCUUCUCUUGACAGUCACUGUCCCUUGGUGCUCCGGUACUGCUGCAUCGACCCCCGCCCCCCUCAACCCGGUUUGCGGCAGAGCCGCCGCCGCUCCCCGGGCCGGCCCCGUUCUGCAAUAAAGUCCUUUCUGCUGCUC